CCCCCCCCCCCGUGCUUGCCCGCUGGCUCCACUUGGCAUCCUGAUGGGACUUGUUGAGGAGCGGCCCAUGUGAUGGAUGGUUUGGUGAGGGGGAGCUGCUCCCAGGGCACCCGCUGCCUCUUGGGGAGGUGGGGGACAGUCCCCCCUGAGUUUUUGAUGUUCACCUGCUGUGAAAGCCCCCUGGCAGUGGCCGGCUGCUGCUAUGGGUGCUGGCCAGGUGCCUGUGCCUGUUCAAAGGUGAGAGCUCUCUGUCCUGCUGGCACGUCAGGAGGAAAUGCUGCUGCCACCGUCCCUCCCCACCUGGCUGUGCUGCCGCUGCUGGUGGUGAUUUACACGCACGCACGAGGGCUUUGACUUAGCAAGGUCAUCACCAAACCCAUCCCCUUCUUCCUCCUGGGGCCCAAGCUCCGCUAUCCAGAGACAAGGGAAGCCAAGGGUUUCAGGCACCAUGUUACUGCCUGGUGCGGGGGCCGGGAUGCAGCUUGGCAAUUCGGGGUGUGCUCCGGGUUGUGCUUUUCUUGUUGCUCAAAGUUCCCCCCAGGGACAGCCCCAUCUCCGUUACCUGAUGGAGGGCUCUCAUUUGACUGUUGCAAAGCCCAGCCCAUGUAAAUAAGGUGGGGAGCUGAUUUUGGGGCAGCAAAGCUGGUGGUAUGCAAAUGGCUGUGGGAAAGGCCAGGCGCUACUGCUUUGCACCAUGCAGUUUUGAAUGCAGAGUUCAAUAUCAAAUUGGGUUUGACCCCAUAUUUGAGCCUUUAUUGGAGGGAAAGCGAAGGAAACAAGAAGAGUUUGUUAAAGAUGGAAGCCAUAAACUGCUUCCGUCAUCUGGUUUUGCUGAACUUUUGAAAAGAAAACAGUUUAUCUUUGGAAUAAAUAAAAGAGAGAGGGACAGGCUUGUGGUAGAAAGCUCCGCGUUCAUGCCGGGUGAGCUGGGUUGUGCUCCAGCUCUUGCCCCCCCUUCCGAGGGGACCCCAGGUUGUGUGAGAUUCCUGAGCCUCAGUUUCCCCUCAGGGAAGGGGGAUGGUGGGAACCGCCGAUGGUAGGAAUCCCGGGCAUUGCCAAAAAUGUCUUUGAACCUCAUACCUGGCUUUGGAAAAAAAAUGGAAGACAAACCGGCUCUGAACAAACACCCGAGUUAAUUCCUUGUCUGGCAUUGUAUGAGCCCAGUGAAAUGAAACAUGGUGCAGCCAUGGGGAUGAGCAAAUGGAUUCAAAUGUAUAAAAAAGCCCCAAAAUCUCCUGGUUCUGAAAUGUCACUUUACGUUUAGGGUUGGGAUUUUUUCUUCUUUUCUUUCUAAUUGUUCCUGGGAAUUUAAUUCUACAAUUAUUUUCCUGCUUCUGCCGUGGAGACAGCGUGCUUCAGCCACAAAGCCUUUGAAGGCUGAACUGCAGAUCGCAUCUGGUGCUGAGCCACUUGGAUGCGAACGCCCCCUCGCUGGGGAGCUGGGCUGUGGUAUGGAAGGCUGUCUGUCCAGCUGUCCGCCUGUCUGUCUGGGCUGCUGAGGGGCUGCCGGCAAGCCAAGGCAGGAAAGGAUGGAGAAUGUUGGGGUUUUUGGGGUGACAUUGCUAGCACCAAGCGUGCCUCCUCGCUGCAGUGGAGGAGGUGGGAGCUGUGGGGGGUUGCAGCCCGCAUUCCAGGGCUUGGUGGCCAUACUCUGCCUCCCCCGUGGCCUGAACGUGAGGGCAGGCUGGUGGCAGGUGAAGUCAAUAAGGCCACCAUGUCUCAGCAUCAUCCAGUUUCACUUCCCGGUUACUGCGCAGCCCCUGGCUGAGUUCUCAGGCUGCGAGGUUGGCCCAGGGCUGCUGCCGUGGGGUUUCUGCAGGGGGGAGAUGUGCUGUGUGGGAAGGAGAAGCUGCAGGGACUGUGUCCUCACUGCUGGCUUGUAAGAGCUAAACAGCCUCUGGCACGCAGGGAAUUGCUCCUGUGAGGAAAGAUUUGCAGCUCAGCCCGGGGAUGCUGGGUCCAGGCUGGCUGGGGCAUCCCUUGGUGCUCUUGAUCCCGCCACCAAGCUGCAGGGGUUUGCCCUUCAGCCCCCCCUCCCUGCACCCUUCCCUCCCAGGCCAGCUCUGAGCAAGGCUUCUGGGGCAGUGGAGCCAGACCAGGAACUGUUUCAACUAACAGCCAGUGUUGGUGGGUUUUCCAUACGGAUGGGGAGCGGAGGAGCGCUCUGUUGUGUCAUCCCGGGCAGUGUGCUCUUGCUGUCCACUUGCGGUGUGCUCAGAGCUGCCGGAGCGGAGCCGUCCCUGUGCCUGGCGUGCAGCUGCACAGGCCAGAGCAGCGUUCCUUGUUUUAUCAGUUGGGUUUUUCUGGGUGAGAAUGUCAGGAGAGCUCGACGGGGACUUGGCAGUGAGCUCUGUCAGUGCCUGGCAGCCCCUUUGAACCUCCUGCUCCACACCAGACCCAACCUGAUGGAGAAGAGGAACGAGUUCUUGUAAGAUCAGUGAAAACAGGGAGCUGGGGAGAAGCUAAAAUGCCCCAAUCCCUGCAGCCAGGCAGGGGGCAACUGUGGCUGGUCCCUGCCCCGCGCUGGGCGAGCGGCAUCCCCUGGGGGGGUGCUGCAGGGAGAUGAAGAUAAAGGCACAGUGCUGGGGCACUGCAGAUCUCUCAGAAAUUGGGCUGUUGUUAGUUUUACUGCUGAUGGAUCAGCUUGUCUUUUCAGGGAUGUUUAGAUGUCUGGCUCCCGUCCGCAUUGGUGCCCCUUAACUUGGCCCACAUCCCUGGCUGGCUCCGCUUGCUCUCACAUCCGUCACUUUGCUCCUCCAUGUGCCUCCCCCCUGCUGUGACGUUGGUGGGAUCAGAGCUGGGCACUCUCCUCUCGGCAGCGGAUGGCAGCUGUGCCAUGCCAAGGAAAUUUUGAGCCGGUUCCCAUGGCCCAGGGUGCCUGCUGCCCGCCCCCCGGCUCCAUGGCGGCUGUGCUGUUUGUGGGGGCUUCACGGCUGGAGAGGGCAGGGUCUUCCUGGAGAGGAGAUGAUGUUGCUGCUCUCCCUCCCCUCCUCUGUGCUCGAAUCCAAAUUUGGGUAAAGGAGGGAUAUAUCUGCUUCCCAAAUCACUGAAGCUCUCAGUGCGUGUCUGCUGAAGCGCCUCAGGGUCAAGCAUGGUUUUGUUUAAAGAAAGCAACUAAAAUAAACUCCGCGAGGGGCUCCCGGGAGGUCACAGUGCUCCUUCCCUCCCCGUCCCUAGCCCCCAAACCCAGCAUGGCUCCCCUCUUCCUGGAGGGCUUUCGGCAGCUUAGCAUAUUUUUCUUGCUGUUGUUGACAAAAAUCCUGGCUGGUUGAGAAAUAUCUGUGCAGCAGCACCAGCCCAGUCCCACGGGUCAAAUCCUGCCCCUGCAAAUCUCUGCCGGGAAGGGUGGCUUGUCCUAGGCUGGCCUUUGGGGAUGCUGCCAGGGGUGACCCAUCACCUUGGAGGGUGUGAGGCCAUGAGCAAGCCCCUGUGAUGGACAGAUGGAUGGCUGGACACCAUGGGCUCAGGGUGGACCCGACGUGUUGUCACUUGCUGUUUGGGCUCUGCGGCAGAAGCAAAGUGCUGGAAGUUCGUCAGGGGCUGAAUUAAAGUUGCCUGGCAACCUCCAUCCCUGCUCCUCUUCCCGCAUCUCGCAGGAUUUUCUGCCUAAGGUUUGCAGGCUCCGGGGAAGGGAGGCCCAUAACACGCUGCGCUCGCAGCCGGGCAGGGGCCAGGUUGCCUCUCGCUGCAUGGCUGCUUUCGUGUCAUUCCUUGGCUCCUUCCCAUGCCUGGGAGCCAGCAGCUUUCCCUCCCUCAUCCCCCAGAGCAGGUGCCUUUCCCCUCGAGCCCCUGGGCACUGGGAAUGGGUCGGGCUGUUUUCGGCUGAACCCGAGGGCAGGUCCUGGGGGUCCCUGGCGGGGUGAAAGGGUGCUGGGGCAGUGGGAACGUGGCUGGGGGAGCCAAGGGAGACAGUGGGGUUGUGUGCUGGUUUUGGCCCCCAUGAGUGAAGCUGGAUUGGCUGUGUGGGGUCUGGAGUGCCUGUGCCAGGCUGCUGUGAAAAAGCAAGGUGUAAACCAUGUCUUCUGGUGCAGUCUUUGCUGGGAAUUUUGUUAAGGCUGUUUUGCAACCCCGUUACCCCAAGGAGACCUGCAGGAAACCCUGCCCUCCCUGGGAAGCCAGCAGGUUGCUUGUAGGAGUGCACAGUGCCAAGGGGGGCAGCCCAUGGGGAGGGGAGAAGGGUCCAGCAGCCAUCCUAGUAGCCUGCUUGGGCUUUACUAGAGCUUGGUGGAGCAACCACAAGCUGUCCACGGAGUAGUGGGAUGGGGAAGCGUCCAAUCCCACUUUGCAAAUCUCUGUCCCGCCAUCCAGGAUGGUUGCUGGGGGUGAGCCGGAGAAGGGCUGCUCCCACUCAGUGUUUCCAUUCUUUCUCCCAGGUUCCCUUUAAAUUAAAGAGCUGGCGUUGUUUUCAGCUGUGCUGCCAAGGAAACAACGUGGGGGGCCCAUAAGACCCCAGCUGAGGUCCCUCCAUGUUUGCCAGCCCCACGGACAGCGCAGUUUCCCUGCAUCGCAGCUUCUCUGCAUCGCAGCUUGUGGCCACCUCUUGGUCCCAGGUUUUGCUGCCUCGUGGCCAGCUGGAAGUGGCCACCAUGGCUAGCAGAAGCUCCCAGUGCAGCAGCCAUUGAGGGGUGCAGCAGCUUUGACUGGUUUCUUUGGCUGGAUCCAGGCUGGCGAGACCUGCCGCCUGGGAAAUUCACUCAUCAAAAGCUUUUUGUGCCUCCCGAGACGCUGGUCGUGGGGAUUUUAAGGAGGUGCCGACUGGGCCGGCUCGUUUGGGUGUGCUGUGCCGGCCGGGUGCCGGUGGGAGGCUGAGGCCAGCACAGUCAUGCUGGCACAGCUUCCGCUGUGACCCAGUAAACCCAGUCAGACCUGACCGGGGCUUGCUGGCUCCCCUGCACACUCACGCAUGCCUGCACGCCUCCACCACCCUGCUGCUUCCCUGGUGUUCCCUGCGGACCAGCAAACCUGUCCUGCCGGCGGCGGGAGCUGAGGCUGGGGUCGGGCUUGCCUGGCUCCAUGCUGGGAGCCGUGGCUGCAUCCUGCAGGAGCACCAAUAGCCGGCAGUGGAAGGGUGGGCUUUGGCCCCCAUGGACGUUGCACAUUGCAGUUAAAGCGUCUGGUUCCUGGCUUCACCCCACCCUUGUGGCGGCCAUCGGCCCCAUGGCCAGAUCCUGCCUCCACCACCCUUCUCCUACAGCAUCGCUCGCUGGGGCGGGAGCUGGGGCCUGAUUCCAGGUCCUGUGUCGGCCCCCCUUGCUCUGGGAAGUAGGUGAGGUGCCAAGGGGCUUGGGAGCUCACUCCUGGGGAUGGGAUAGGCUUUUCUGGGCAGUUUUUCUCUAAACCUCAGAGUUCAUUGGAGCUGCUGCUGCUUUUCAGCCUCUUCCUCUCCCACUUUUGUGUCCCUCCUCCAGAGAAAACUCUCUGUGGCUCUUCCCCAUGGAAGUGCUGGGCUUGAGCAAUCCAGCCACCCCCAGCUCAACUGGACCCACAGACCAAAACCUCCUCUGCCUCCUGUCCCAGCCCUUGUCUUCACACAGCGCUUUGAAUUUGCACCCUGCCAAGGGGGAAGUGAUGGGUUUGGGGGUGCUGGGUGCAGCUGCAGCCUGGGGUGAUGCUCUGAUCAGGGCCAAGGAUGGUUUCGGUACCUUGCUCUUUCUCCCCCACUCUAUGAAAAAUAAAAAAUAAAUAAAAAAAUAGGGAAGCUCAGCACAGCCCUUCCCUUCAAGUAAAAUAUUAACUGGCUCUUACAGCUAACUGAUUAAAUGUCCUUUAGGACAAAGCUACAUCUGAUCUUGGGCGAAGUAGCCUUUGGAAAUGGGUGUAGCUGCUGCCCUGGAAAAAGGGAAGGACCCAGCCCUGGCAGCAGGGGAGGCUGCUCCCUGCUGCCCCUGCCCAGCUAGGAACCCGGCACAGCCACAGCGCUGCAGCUUCAUUUAUUAUUUUUUGCCCCCUGUGCUGGCUGAGUGCUCAUGCUGGUUAAAUGUUAGCUGGGGCUGGCUCACAGGGCGGCACUUGCCCUGCAGUAAGCACCAUCCCUGCCUCCCUGCCCGGCCACACUCCCAGUUCCAGUCCCUGUGAUGGCCAGAGCUGGGCAGUAGGCAAAGUUCAGGGCUUGUUUGUUCAGGGGAGAUAAGGCGAGGAUGCCUGGGAGCACGCAGGCGGCUUGCAGGGCUGUUAUUCAUUUAUUAGACAGUGUUGUUUGCCUUGUCAUAAGAAGGUUUUUCCUCCCUUCUGCUUUCCCAGCCCAGGUGCACUGCGGCUCUCAUGGCUUGUGCAUGAUUCUGGGCUCGUGAUCCCUUGUAGAGUCCUGAGGAAGGGUCACGACAGCUGCCUGGGUGUCCCCUGUCCUGCUGGCAGGGUGGUGAGGCAUCAGCGUGGGGCUGGCCGGAGCACUUUUGGGUGCUUUGGUGCUCCAGAUGCGACCCUGCUGCUUGCUUUGUCCAAAAAACUUGGUGGUUUUGGCUCGUGCUAGACAUGGUGCCACUAAAGCAACUUCUCACUGACCUCCAUCCCCACUCAUCUGCUUUGCAUCGCCCUGUCAGGCCCAUCACUCACAGGCAGACCUUCGGUCCAGACAGGGCUUGUCCCAGGAACAGGAGUUAGUUGAAGGGAGGACACCCCAGGUCACCAUCCUCUGCUUCCCGGGGAGCUCAGCCCUGCAUGCAGCACCCUGCCUGCACCCGGCAUUGGGUGCUCUGUGCUGGACCAGCGUCUGGGGGGUAGGGAGGCAGGAGGGAGCAGGGGGGAACAUCUUCCCCCAGCCCCAUUCCUGGGUGGGGCAGCAGCCAGUGCAGGUGCAAGGUCUGGGUCUGACCCCCCCCAAAGAGAACAGCGGUUUAGUGCACACUCCAGGACUAUGGCUGGAUCCCACAUCUGGCCUCUUGCUUCCCUUUUCAGCCCCAAAGCCCUUUUCACUUUCAUUUCACUUUGGGUUUACCUGCCCUCUGCCUGAGACCCGGCAAGGUAUUUGCUUCAGGGAAACUGUCUGCAGCAAGCAUGUUUGAACAGCUUCUCUACAGGGCCAGGUAUUUGGUUUAUAUAGAUAGAGAUAUAUAUUUCAACCCCUCUAAGCAGACGUACAGGUGCUGGUUGUGUAUGGGGAGCUCUCCUGCUCAGAGAUGGCCAGGUGUCUCCUUCCUCCUGCAAAACGACCUGGUGGCUUCCCCUGAUGCAGCUGGGAGAGGUGGGGUGUUAUGUGGGAGGCAUAGGAUGUAUGAAAGCAAGAGCCAAGGUAGAUGCUGAGCUUCAAGGCAGCCUGGGAUGAAAAAGAAACUGUAAUUUUGUGGAAAAACACUGGAGGGAAAAACUGUACUCCCCUGAAAAGACUUCACCUGGAAAGGUGAAGAUGCCAAGUGGCUUCUGUAUGGGUUUUCCUUCUCGCUGCAUCGCUGUGUGCCUGAAGCAUCCUUCCCCCACACCUGUGUCUUCAGGAAUCUCGUCAUUUUAGGAGGGGUAGAACUUUGGGGACAAGUAUCUUGUGUGGCAGGGGAUGGCCAGCUGUGCUUUUGAGGAGGAGUGGAGCCCGUGGGCUCCCUGGAACCCCCCCCACCUGUCCUGCCACAGCCCAGGGCUAGGGGGGCUUGGCCCUGAGCCCCGCUCUUUGCUUUUGGGGGUAAAUGUGGCUGCUUUUCAUGUGUGAAAGUGCAAGGGGAGAUCAGCUGGCUCUGCUGAAGCAUGUAAUUCGGUCAGGGAGAGCUGCAGGAAAAGAUGGCUGAGAGGGAGGGAGGGAGGAGUGCAGAGCGGAGCAGACCUGGAGGAAAACAAGCCUCCAAGCAAACCAAACCAAGCACUCAGCAAGUGACUGCAGCCCCAUGACAGAGCAGAUACUGAGCCAGGGGGAUGCUGGGGGGUCGCUCUGCUCAAACUCCCCUCCCCCUCCCCUGUGCUGGCUGCAGGCACUGUGCCUCAGUUUCCCUUUUGGCAAACGAUGGUUUGCUUUUCCCUGAAGCCAUCCCUGGGCUGAGGCUGUGCCUGGUCAGGUGUCCAUGCCUGUGCAUGGCUGGCCUCUUCCCAAGCCCGCUUGUUCAUGAGAUGCUGGGGACAGCAGGAGCGUCUGACUCGGUGCUGUGUGUUUCAGGAGGUUUUGGUGGCCAGUCCCAUCCUGGGGAGCUGGGGAGCCCGUCCCAACCUGUGCCAGCCUGGCAGUAGCAGGCUGGGUGGCUGCCCUUGCCAGGGGAGCAGGAAGAUGAGCGGAGGCACGGCCCAUCUCCUGACAGUUCUCUUCAUGGUGACUGUGGCAGUGAUGGGCUACCCGUCACGGCGGUCUGCCACCGACCUGGAUGCCACCCCCAGGACAACAGUCACCUUUGACGAGUUGUUGGGCGUCCGGCACUUCAGCGCACGCACCCUCAACUACAGCACCCUGCUGCUGGAGGACGACCGCGGCAUCCUCUACGUGGGUGCCAGGGGAGCCAUCUUCGCCCUCAAUUCCAGUGAUGUGGCCGACGGCUCCCACCGCACGAUCCACUGGGAAGCCUCCCCGGAGAAGCAGAUGGACUGCCUGCAGAAGGGCAAAAACAACAAGACCGAGUGCUUCAACCACGUGCGGUUUCUGCAGAGGCUGAACAGCACCCACCUCUACGCCUGCGGGACCUACGCCUUCCACCCGCUCUGCGCCGCCAUCGACGUGAACAGCUUCAUGUUGCCAUCCCACUUCGAGGAGGGCAAGGAGAAGUGCCCGUAUGACCCUGCCCGUGGCUACACCGGCCUCAUCGUGGAUGGUGGCUUGUACACGGCCACACGCUACGAGUUUCGGAGUCUCCCCGACAUCCGGAGGAAUCUGCACCAGCGACCGCUGAAGACGGAGGAGUCCCCGCUGCACUGGCUGAAUGAUGCUGAAUUUGUGGCCUCUGUGCUGGUCCAGGAGAGCAAGGACAGCCCUGUGGGUGACGAUGACAAAAUCUACUACUUCUUCAUGGAGCGGGCAGGCGAGGAGACCACGUCCUUCUUUGACAAGAGCCAGGUGGCUCGAGUGGCCCGGGUGGCCCGUGUCUGCAAGAGUGACGUGGGGGGCAAGAAGAUCCUGCAGCGCAAGUGGACGUCCUUCAUGAAGGCACGCCUGGUCUGCUACAUCCCCUACUAUGAGGUGCUGCGCAGUGUCUGCAGCCUGGACGGGGGUGGCUGGGCCAGCACCGUCUUCUAUGCCGCAUUCACACUCUCAGCACAGUGGAGGACCAUGGAGGCCUCGGCUGUAUGCCGCUACAGCAUCUCAGCAGUGCAGCAUGCCUUCGAGGGCCCCUACAUGGAAUACCAGGACUCAGCUCGCAAGUGGUCCCGCUACGAUGGUGCGGUACCCGAGCCCCGGCCCGGCUCCUGCAUCACGGACCACUCCCGCAGGAAGGGCUACAACUCCUCACAGGACCUGCCCAACAGCGUCCUGGACUUUGUCAAGCUGCAUCCGCUCAUGUUCGAGGAGGUGAAGCCAGCUGGCGGGGAGCCGCUGCUGGUGAAGAAGAGCGUGGCGUACAGCCAGCUGGCUGUGGACAGGGUGCGAGCCCUCGAUGGCCGCUCCUAUGAUGUGCUCUUCAUGGGGACAGGAGACGGCUGGAUCCACAAGGCUGUGGUGCUGGGCUCUGGCAUCCACAUUGUGGAGGAGAUGCAGGUGUUCAGGGAAGCGCAGCCUGUGGAGAGCCUGGUGAUCUCCCGCACCCAGAGGAGCCUGUAUGUGGGGGCAGCCAGUGGGAUCCUGCAGGUGCCCCUGGCCUCCUGCACCAGGUACACCUCUUGCUAUGACUGCAUCCUCGCCCGGGACCCCUACUGUGCCUGGGAUGGCAGGGCCUGCCGCGCCACCGCCACCGCAGACAGCACCGGGCUGGUGCAGGACAUUCAGAACGGCAACGAUGGAUGCCGGAGCAGCUCGGGGCGGGGCUCCCUGCUGUGGAAGAACCGGACGGUGCUGCAGGGGGACGACGUGCUGCUGCCCUGCGACCAGCGCUCCAACCUGGCACGAGCCAUCUGGCUGCUGAACGGCAGCGAGGCGCUGGGCUCAGGGCAGGACCGGCUGCGCGUCGGGGUGGACGGGCUGCUGGUGACGGACACGCUGCCCCAGCACAGCGGCGAGUACCGCUGCUACGGGGAGGAGCGGGGUCUCCGGAUGCUGCUGGCCACCUACAGCCUAACCGUGCUGCCCGAGCUGCCUCGUGGUCCCACGGCCACGCCCCAGCCCCACACCGCCAGCCAGGUGUCCGGUGACAUGAAGGUGGCUUACAUCUCCGCCAUUGUCACCUUGGUGGUACUGUGCGCCGUGCUCAGCACUGUCCUCCUCUAUGUGUCCUGCCUGGAGAAGCGCAAGGGCAAGUAUGUCCUGGGGGAGCCGCGGCCAGCCAGCGUGGAGCUGCAGACCAUCUCGGCCAACUGCCUGCGCAAGGGCCACCGGGAGGAGGAGGAGGAAGAGAAGGAAGGGCUCACCUACCCUGACGGCUGCCUGCGGAUCAUCCCUGGCGAGGCACCCACAGCUGCCACCUCCCCAGUCAAGGAGCUGCCGGCCGCCGUGCCCCCACUGCCGCCGCCGCUGCCAGCCGAGCUCACCAACGGUGUGGGGGCUCUGCCCAACGUCCUCCGCAAGAUGAACGGCAACAGCUACAUGCUGCUGCAGCAGCAGGAGGAGCCCCUGGCCUCGCCGCUCUACAGCGCGUCCUUCACUGAGGAGCUCAGCAAGAUCCUGGAGAAGCGGAAACACACGCAGCUGGUGGAGAAGCUGGAUGAGAGCUCCGUGUAGGGGCUGGGGGGGGUCCUGCCAGCGGGACCCUCCUCCCCUCCAGCCCCUUCUCCCACCCCCUGCCAACAGUGUUACAAGACUCAGGCAAAACUACCUCCUGGAUGGCAGAGCCGGGCCGGGCCCGGGCUCCGCCGUUCCUUUGGCUUUUCUCUCUCCUUUUGAGACUCACUGUACAGAAAAAAAGAAAAAGAAUCUAUUUAAA